AUGGGGCAGAUCGCAAGCAAAGAGUUGGUGCAAGAACCAUCAUUCAUUAAAGAUGUUUUUUUCAACACACUAAUUGGGUAUGAACUGGACAUCGACUUAUGUAAAGUGCUAGACCGACUCAAACCAACGACAAAGCGAGUCCUAUCUCUUCUUGACUGCGAAGAUGAAAAUGCUCCUUCAUUCUGCUACCUGAAACGUUACAUUCGUAAACUAAACAAUGUGUCUCUUGGAGCUUUCCUUCGCUUCACUACACCAUCUGAUCUGUUGCUCUCCGGUGUGAAUGAUAACUAUUACCGUCUGACUGUCCGUAUGGUUGACCUAGAUGGGCUUGCUCGCAGACCAAUCGCGCAUACAUGCGGGAGAGUCCUCGAACUACCCCAAAAGUACGAAAGCUUUCCACAGUUCAGGGCUGAAUUCAAUGCAAUCUUGUGUAUCUGCAGUUACCAGAAACGUUUUCCGCGCGUUGAAUCAGCUCGUCUAACUGACCAGUUCGAGUUACUGAAUGACACGACUCUCAUGGAAUGUGCAGUGAAGUGUGGCAGGAAAAUCACGUGUUUGGCUUUCAAUGUGAACGUCAACGCACGGCAGUGUGAGCUGAUCGUCAAUCCAAGUUUUAGUGAUUCGAAGCAGAGUGACCCACAGUGGGAUUACUAUGGUUCAGUUGGCGAAUACUGCGUUGGGAAGAAGACGCUGAUUGCAACUGUGAGCUGUAAAAUGAUCUGGAACUACAAGCUGGUGUGGGUAACUGUGGGGCUGUUCUCUCUUUAUAAAGGCACUGUGACCGACAUUAGUGACAACGUGGCGUUGAACAAGCCGGUCACUGCCAGUACCUUCGUCUCAAAACCCGAACUGGCGGUUGACGGGAACAACGGGACUGCCGUUGGCGACUGUUUCGUCAGUGAUAAGUUCGACUUCAGCCACACGUGGAUGGUAGACUUGCUAGGAACCUACGUUGUUGACCAUGUUAUUAUAACCGUUCCUAGUAGCUCGUACAUGUUGCAAAUGUUCUUCAUAGAAGUAUUUUCACAAAACCCAGAAAAAUGUCCUAAUGCGGUUCCUGAGAUUUGUCUACCCUUGUCUAAAAGUCCUCUGCCGAUGGAACAGACAACAACCUUGACCUGUGAUAAACCAUCCAGAGGUCGAUUCCUCCGCAUACACUCGGUGACCUCUUUUAUACCUUUGGAAAUGGCCUUCUGUGAAGUUGAAGUAUACACCGCACCUGAAAAUGGAUGCAGUUUUCCACAAAGUUUCCCGCGCGUUGAAUCAUCUCGUCUGCUAAGUCAACAGACCGUGUUACUGAAUGACACGACUCACAUGGAAUGUGCAGUGAAGUGUGACAGGAAAAUCACGUGUUUGGCUUUCAACGUGAACGUCAACGCACGGCAGUGUGAGCUGAUCGUCAAUCCAAGUUUCAAUGAUUCCAAGCAGAGUGACCCACAGUGGAAUUACUAUGGGUCGGACUUGUGCUAAUAGCCCGAGUACUCUGACAUUCGAGAGCUAGACGGACAUUUGAACGAGAGCGAGUAUAGCCUCUAUUAGAAACAUACUUAUCUGCCCUUGGUUUUUAUCGUGCUAAGCGGUCCCAAUUAGCUACUAAAUUAUUUCCGGCGCGUUACGCUCCAGUCGCUUGCAACAAAGGCCCUUUGUUACUGCUGAA